AUGGGUAGAGUGAAGCUAAAGAUAAAGAAACUACAGAGCAUGAAUGCACGUCAAUCUACGUAUGCAAAAAGGAAACAUGGGAUUAUGAAAAAAGCUAAAGAGUUAUCGAUCUUAUGCGACAUAGAUGUUGUGCUUCUCAUGUUCUCUCCCACGGGAAAGGCUUCACUUUGCAUAGGCAAACACAGCAUUGGAGAAGUUAUUGCUAAGUUUGCUCAGGUCAUUCCUCAAGAAAGGACAAAGAGGAAGUUGGACAGUCUUGAAGCAUUGAGGAAAAUGUUCGUGAAAAUUGACCACGUUGUAGAUAUAUCGGGGUUUCUAGAUAGAAGUACACCAGCAGUUGAGGUGCUAAGCGAAAAAUUCAGGUUUCUGCAAACACAGUUAUCAGAUAUACGCACACGACUAAGCUGCUGGAACGAUCUAGAGAAUAUCGACAAUUUAGAUGAUUUGCAGCAACUAGAGCAUUCACUUAGACUAUCUCUGGCUCAAAUCAGUGCUCGUAAGGCGAGCAUGCCUCAACUUCAGCGGCGACAACUUAUGUCCUCGGAAUGCAAAAACGAGUUGCAGACUGAAAUAGAUAUAGAUUUUGGAAUGGAGAUGGAGCAACAGCUUGAGAAUUUCUCAUGGGUUCGUACGGAUGGAAACAUGAAUGUUCCUUUAAAAGAAGAAGACCCUAAUCUGAAGCUUCAUCAGAUGUACAGGGACGUAACGUGUUCUGCAAGUUCAUCUCUUGGAAAUUACACAGGAAUCUUUAGUAAAAGCUCAGAUUAUAUCUCAGCUCCAAAACUAGAACCCAGCAGCAUUCCCGGGAUAUCGGCUGAUCCAAACGUAGAAUUCAGCAAUCUCAGUUUCCUAAAUGACCAAAAGCUUCAGCAACUAGCUGAGUGGAAUCUAUUAGGAAGUCCUGCGGAUUACUACGUUAGCCAAAUCUUGGAAGCUUCUUAUAAGCCUCAGCUCGGAGGAAACAAUAACUGGGCUUCUUCUGAUACAUUACCUUAUGUUGCUGUCUUUGAUGAUCCUCUAUAUUUUCGGCAGCCAAAGUUAGAGAAGUAGUUCCUGGAAAGAAAAAAAAACUCAAAGAGGAAUUGAUCCGAAAACGCGCCUUGUCUUGUACUGAGCAGUCACAAUACACAAAU